GUAAAUGUUUACGAUUUUACGUCUUGGAGCAGGCAAGGGAAUCUGUAGUAGUGAAUGUGGUGGUUUAUUCAAUGGGUGGGAUAGGAUGGAGGUCCCGAGUCCUCCUCACUACUAUGUUCCGAAUCUAUGCUUGCCUCCACGCCACCAUCUGACGACUUACACACACGCCAACUAUUUGACAGUGUAUGGGCCAAUCAAAAGCAAGCUGCGAACUUUGUACAAAAAUAUUAUCCUGAAUUAGACCAUAGUGCUGUCAUAGAAAGCAUCCGCAACGGGAAUUUAGAUAAAAACAGUAACGUCCGUGAUUUGACUAUAAACGGCCUUGUAUCUGGCCCUCAUAAGAGUAAUGCAGGUCAGCGGUCACCUGCUAGUGGCGUCACGGAGGAGAAGCGAAUGAGCAAUAAUGGCAGCGAGCGAAGUAGUAUGACCCGUAGUGGAGGGGGUAGUGGUGAUUCGUUAUCAUGGUUGGGGGAAGGAGCAGUCUCACAAGGACAAGGAGCCAGGCAGAGUGAGUCAUUACUGGCUGCCGGAUCGGGUGUGGGUCCAGUAUUCCGCACACCUAUGACAGUGUCUGACCCUCCUACAGCCAGCAGGUUAUACCCCUCUGGAAUAUACACCACUGCCUCCUCCCUCUCUCCUUACUCUCCUGCCAUAUACAGUGGCCAGUCUGCCCACCUGGCUGGUCUAUCCUCCCCCUACCAGGCCCUGUAUCAGCCAUAUGGCUCCAGUUCUGGUGCCUAUAGCCAGGGGGCACUGCUAUCGGGUGGACAUUUCCCGCAUGUGGAGUCGUACAGCGCCAUGUUGGCCAGCAUGGGCAGCCAGGUGCAGCAUGCGGCCCAGCAUGCACAGCAGCAACUACCUCGCUCACCAUACAUUUCUUCUGCAUCGCAUAUACCUCAAUACCCCCUGUCUGCAUCCGCGGGCAUGCUCACCCCGCAGGAAUCCCCAGGGGGGCCCCCUGCAAUGCACAGACAGAUGAUGGCCCCCGGGCCUCACCACUCAUUAUCUGACCCACAUAGACUACAAAGGGAGACGCAGCAAAAAACGUCACCUAAAUUAAGUGACAUUGACACUCGACGGGGUCCAGUUCGGUCUCCCCAUCGCGAGCUGGGAAAGCCCCAUGUACAUACUCAUACACAUAGUUCUAGUAUAUCGUCUGUUAAACCCCCACAUUCUAUACUAAAAGAGCCCAAGCAUGAAGUUCCUAGCGGCAAGGAAGGUAGUCUAAAACAUAGAAUAUUGACCCGUCCCUCUGAUAUUGCCAUUGAAGGUACCAUAGGAGAUGAACCCAGACAUCUACCAGGGGCAAGCAUAGGCAAACGAGCCCGUCAUAGUUUACCCUCAGGUGCCCCAAUGUCAGCACCCCCACACAGUAGCACCUUACCCCCACCCCCACCCUUACAACCAACCCGGUAUCCCGUCCCCCAUCCACAUUACCCGCCACAUUUUAUGAAGGGCUCAAUUAUUGAACUGGCAAAUGGAGAGUUAAAACGUGUUGAAGAUCUACGAACGGAAGAUUUCAGAGACAGCGCAGACGUAAGCAGUGAAUUGAAGAUUGACUCUAGUACUGUGGUCCGAGUUGAUGAGUGUCCAGAAAGAGGCACUGUCCUAUUGAGCUUCUCUGUCGGCGAGCACCACAUCCAGGUCACUGUGGAGGCUACAGUCGAACAUCCAUUUUUCGUUUUUGGCCAAGGCUGGUCAUCGUGUUACCCAGAGCGCACCUUGCAUCGCUAUGGUCUGAACUGUCAUAGGUUAAAUGUUGGCGAUGUGUGUAUAUCUCUCACCCAUAAGGACGCUAAAGCACUGGUGCAGCAAACCCAACAACAGGAAGAGCAGGCACAUAAAAAACAAGAUGAACAAGCACAUAAAAAACAGGAAGAGCAAGCGCAGAAAAAAACAUCAGAACCUGCUCAGAUCUCACAACAGCAUCUCAGGCAGUCUCUAGGUCAAAGUUCCUCAAAAUGGCCACCAUCGAGUAGUGUUAAACGUGAGACAGACACUUUACAAAAAAGUGAGGAACUAAAGCCACUAACAACCCAAGUCUCUCAGCCUGAAGGCAGGGAAGUUACCCUGGGCACUCCUAGGAAACGACGAUGGUCGGCGCCAGACACAGUAAGUGUUCUAGACCCUAGUGAGACACCAAGCACAACGAGCGACACUAGUACAAGUGUCACCAUUCCUGCAACUUCUGCUCACCAGAGGGCCACAAGUAGUCACCAGAUGGCCUCGCAAUCGACCACACCUGAAAAAACAUAAUGCUUAUAUCAGACUCUUAAUUGCCAGAAAUAUUGUCCUCGUAGUAAUAAUAUUUAUCUGAUGACUGCGUGAUAGGAUAUUUAAUAUUAUAAUAGCAGUCUGAGGAGAGAAAUAAUGUUUAAUAUAUAUAUUGUAUCAUAGUAAAUAUUUGUAAUGGUAGCUAAGUUAUUAUAAAUUAUACUUGAGGAUGAUCCUAGACUGUAAUGUUAGUAGAGUUAGUCAUUGAGCCACACACUGCCGAAACUGAUAUUUUCAAAAAUAGAACUCUGCGUUGUAGAGUGCUAUCGCAGAAUUAGAGUAGAGGGUCAUUUUGUUGGGUUUUAGAGCUAUAUGACAUUGUCGCGAUCAACCUCUUAUUGUGGUAGCAUCUCAAAUUUCACGAGAUUUGAAUUUAAUUCAAUAAUGAAUUGUUUUAGAUCAGGCAUGUUGAACAUGAGAGGACAUAUGUUCUAUGUAGUCCAAAUUUUUAUAUUUAUGUAGAAAUGGUAAGAAAUACAUGAACCGAUUCAUGAACAUUUUGAGCAAACCGAUAUAGCACAUUUGUCAAUCUUCGAUAGCGUAAACCAAAAAAUAAAUGAAGAUGAAAUUAUUGGUAACCAAAUUUAACAAAAAUUCAAAAAUAUCUGACUUAAUAAAUUUGCUAUAGACUUUGCUGAUUUAGUUCAUGCACGGGGUGGCCACAAUAUUAUAAUAAUAAUAUGUUGUGAGUUAUAUUUUAACACCUCAGUCCUCUAAAUACAUUAUAUAAAUGUAUGUAUAUCUGCCAUGAAAUAAUGUUAUUCUUGUACAUUACAUCGCAAUGACAUCAUCAUUCUCAUUCCUCUGAAAUGUAUUCCUUCAGUUGCUUUACACUUUGCAUUAUGGGUAUUUUCAGGACUGAAUACCUAUAUAUCCCAUAAUGCAACAGUUUAUAGCAGACGAUUGAUUUUUUGCAAGUACAGUGUUGUUCUGGUCAGGAUGUGUUGUACUCCAUGGAUGAACUCACAAAUAUUGUAAUCGUAGCAUUAGUGUUGUCUAAAUCAGAGCCUAGUGUUGUCCCAUACUUUUUAUAUAUGGUAUCAUAACCAAGCUGUAGAGUGUCACUUACAAGCUGUAUUAAGUCACAGACUGAGUGUCACAUACACUUGAUAUAUAGUGUGCCACACACAGUCUGUAGUGUGCUACAUGCAAUCUGUAGUAUGUCACAUACAAUGUGUAGUAUGUCAUAUACAGUA